AUGCGGAUCCCUUUGUGCUGCGAGGUGUGCACGGACUCUGAGGAGACUAUUGGGCAUGCUCUUCUACAGUGUCCUAGGGCCAGGAAGAUAUGGAGGAGGUCAUCUGUCCCUCUUUUUCAGUCGGUGGUGUCGGUACAGGAUAUGCUACAGCUGCUGAGAGACUCCUUUUGGAGCCCUAAAUUUGUUGAGACAGGGGUACUUAGAGCAUAUCUGGCCUACCACAAGUGGUUGGACAGGAAUGCGGGCUUGUUUAAGGGUAGGAGGUCUUCUCCGAGGUUGGUGGUGGUUAGAGCAGUGCUUCAGGUCGGGGAGGUGACCUCAUGCGCUGUUACGUGUUCUCUUGGGAUGGCCAAGGACAUCUUGGGUACUCGUUUCGUUGUUACAGCGCCCAGGUUCGCUCUUGUUUCUUGGGUGCCCCCACCUUCUGAUUUUCUUAACGUGAACUUUGACUGCAGCGUGGCGGUAGAUGGGAGGUCCGAAGGUGUUGGAUUGUGA